AUGGAGCUGCUUACAGAGCGGUGCUCCGAGGCCGGAACUUGCGCUUCCUUGCACUCCUCUCUCUUCUCCAUUGUUCUCACGACUGCAUCCCCCCUGGAGCUGUCCUACGGGUCGUUCGAGGUUCUAUCCUAUACCCGCUUCCCUGCGGUACUCGACCAUAUCCGACCUCCCCAGAAUCACGCGACUCGAACAAGUAGCAUGCUCCGCGGCCAGACCCUCCCCUGGAGAGCUGCGCUCCAUCAAACACCUCGCCCUUUACUCCGUCGGCCAUUUCUGGCUUCGCCGAGGAACAAUGCAACCUUCCGAUCAGCAUUAACAUCGACUCGUCUUGCUCGUUCUCUUCCUUCGACGCCCCGCACAUUCUCAUCAAGCUCUACCCGGCGGAAAGAGAAACCCCCACCAGAGGGCCAGAAGGACCAGGAAGAGCAGAAGCAGGUGGAGGAACCACAACAAGAUGACAAGGAGGCGGAUCGGACCCCUGAGUCUCGGAAGAAAGUCUUCGACUCAGCGAAGAAUGCCGCUGCGGAACAGACAGGCUCCACGCGGAGAAAGGACCGGUCAUCCAGUGAUAAAGAGCAACGCAGCUUAGAGGAGGAAGCAAAGAAAGAUGCCAAUGCAGCGGAUGGAAAAGGUGACUCGUCUCAAACACCCGCUCCCAUUCCGCCAAGUGGCGACUCGGCCGACUCGAAACCCAGCUCGGCAAGCAGCGGCGGUAACGGCGACAACGAUGACAAUAAUAGCAGGAAAGGGAAGAAGGGGUCCGGAGAUAAGGCCCUACAAAAGCCCGCGGUUCCGGAUGUAUACCCGCAGGUGAUGGCCAUCCCCAUUGCGAAGCGUCCUCUCUUCCCCGGAUUCUACAAAGCCAUUACUAUCCGCGACCCGAAUGUCGCCGCUGCGAUCCAGGAUAUGAUGAAGCGAGGUCAGCCUUACGUCGGUGCAUUCCUGUUCAAGGAUGACAACGCCGAUGGUGAUGUGAUUGAGAAUCUGGACGACGUCUACGAUACGGGAGUCUUCGCUCAAAUCACCGCCGCCUACCCUCUUCGCGGCGAAGCUAGCGGUGUGACCGCCGUCCUAUACCCUCACCGACGCAUCAAGAUCUCGUCGCUACUUCCACCUACCGAAACGAAGAAGGAGAGCUCUACGACGGAGGAAAAGACGACUGAGAAGCGGGGCGACGUUGUUGCAAGCUUCGAGGAAGGGGCAUCUGAAAAUGCGCCCAAGGAUCACUAUGAACCUACUUCUUUCCUUCGCAAAUAUCCCGUUAGCCUUGUCAACGUGGAGAACUUGGCGGAGGAGCCAUAUGACAAGAAGAAUGGUAUCAUCCGUGCGGUGACCAGUGAAAUUGUGAACGUGUGCAAGGAGAUCGCCACUCUGAAUCCCUUGUUCCGCGAUCAGAUUUCGGCCUUCUAUACGGAUCAGUUCCCCGGAAACCUCAGUGACGAACCCGCUAAGCUUGCCGACUUUGCUGCUGCAGUCUCCGCCGGUGAACUUCAUGAGAUGCAAGAGGUGCUCGAGACCAUGAACAUUGAGGAGCGUCUUCCUAAAGCGCUUGUCGUUUUGAAGAAGGAGUUGAUGAAUGCACAGCUCCAGUCCAAAAUCACCAAGGAUGUCGAGGCCAAGAUUCAAAAGCGCCAGCGGGAAUACUGGCUGAUGGAGCAGAUGAAAGGUAUCAAGCGAGAGCUUGGUAUUGAGUCUGAUGGCAAGGACAAGCUUGUGGAGAAGUUCAAGGAGAAGGCAGAGAAGCUGGCUAUGCCAGAAGCUGUUAAGAAAGUCUUCGAAGAAGAGAUCAAUAAGCUGGCUCACUUGGAGCCUGCUGCCUCAGAGUUCAAUGUCACUCGGAACUACCUGGAUUGGCUGACUCAGAUUCCUUGGGGACAGAAGAGUGUGGAGAACUUUGGCAUCAAGAAUGCGGUCAGCGUUCUGGAUGAGGACCACUACGGUCUGAAGGAUGUCAAGGACCGUAUUCUUGAGUUCAUUGCGGUGGGCAAGCUUCGCGGCACUGUGGAGGGCAAGAUUCUUUGCCUUGUUGGCCCUCCUGGUGUGGGUAAGACCAGUAUCGGCAAGUCGGUGGCUCGCGCUCUGAACAGGCAAUACUACCGCUUCUCCGUGGGUGGUUUGACAGAUGUGGCAGAGAUCAAGGGUCAUCGACGAACUUAUGUUGGCGCCCUACCCGGACGAAUCAUUCAGGCUCUGAAGAAGUGUCAGACGGAAAACCCUCUGAUCUUGAUUGAUGAGAUCGACAAGAUUGGCCGUGGCCACCAGGGCGAUCCUUCUUCAGCUUUGUUGGAGCUGCUUGAUCCUGAGCAAAACUCCUCGUUCUUGGACCAUUACAUGGAUGUCCCUGUGGACUUGUCUAAGGUCCUUUUCGUCUGCACAGCCAAUGUGACUGAUACCAUCCCUCGACCCCUAUUGGACCGUAUGGAGCUCAUUGAGCUCUCCGGUUACGUCGCGGACGAGAAGAUGGCCAUUGCCCAGCGAUACCUGGCCCCUGCAGCCCGGGAGAUGACUGGGUUGAAGGACGUGGACGUGAACCUCCAGCAAGACGCCAUUGAGGAGUUGAUCAAGUCGUACUGCCGAGAGAGCGGUGUCCGCAACCUGAAGAAGCAGAUUGAGAAGGUGUACCGGAAGGCAGCUUUCAAGAUCGUCCAAGACCUGGGCGAGGAGGUGCUGUCCGAAGAGGCUGCACUGACUGACGAGGGCAAAGCUGCCCAAGAAGAGUCGAAGGAGCACGAGCCCGCGGAUCCCGCGGAGGUCCCUCUCGAGCCCGAGAAGUCGACUACCGAGACCCCUCGUCUUGCCCUCAAAGUUCCCGAAACCGUCCAUCUCAGCAUCGGCAAGGAUUCUUUAAAGGAUUAUGUCGGACCCCCAGUCUUCACCGCCGACCGUCUGUACGACAAGUUCCCUCCUGGUGUCACCAUGGGUCUGGCUUGGACCAGCAUGGGCGGAGCCGCGCUGUAUGUCGAGUGCAUCUUGGAGAACGCUCUCAAAUACCAUUCGCGACCGGGUCUGGAGAUCACCGGUAAUCUGCAAAAUGUGAUGAAGGAAUCAUCCCACAUUGCCUACUCGUUUGCCAAGUCCGUCAUGGCUCGGGAAUUCCCUGAGAACCAGUUCUUUGAGAAGGCCAAGGUCCACCUGCACUGCCCUGAGGGCGCUGUUCCAAAGGAUGGUCCCUCUGCUGGCAUUACCAUGGCCAGCUCCUUGCUGUCUUUGGCCCUGAACCACCCUCUGGACCCGACCGUCGCCAUGACCGGUGAACUGACAGUCACUGGCAAGGUCCUGCGCAUCGGCGGCCUGCGAGAGAAGACUGUGGCUGCUCGUCGGGCCGGUGCGACCAAGGUCAUCUUCCCUGCCGACAACACAUCAGACUGGCUUGAGCUGCCCGAGAAUAUCAAGAAGGGCAUUGAAGGCCACCCCGUCAGCUGGUACUCCGAAGUGUUUGGCAUUCUCUUCGCCGACCUCAACCACGAUGCGGCCCGCACGGUCUGGCAGAAGGCGCUCACCAAGCCCGCCAACCAGAAGGGUGAGCGGGAAGGUGAGGAUGACGAGUGA